AUGGCUGGAUCAACAACAGCUCCACGAGGUGGCCGUAAAGGUGGUGAUCGAAAAUCCAAAUCAGCCCGUGCAGGUGUUCUUUUUUCGGUACCUCGUUUCCAUCGUUAUAUUAAAAAGAGCACACCCAAAAGCCGUGUAACUAUGGCUGCCGCUGUUUAUACAGCUGCUGUGAUUGAAUAUUUAACUGCUGAAGUUUUGGAACUGUCAGGUAACGCAGCGAAGGAUCAUAAAAAACAACGUAUCAACGCUCGACAUAUCUUCUUGGCUGUCAGCAUCGAUGAGGAACUCAAAAAGCUUCUCAAUGGUGUGACAAUUCCCCAAGGUGGUGUAUUGCCACAUAUCAAUCAAUUCUUAUUCAAGACUAAAGGAAGCGGUGAAACAACAACUGCGUCUCCAUCUAAACAGGAUUCAUCUCGUUCAAAUGUUGCUUCCGCACCACGAACACCUUCAGCACUUGCCACCAAGAGUGUCUCUGCACCUGCUAAAUUUCAUACAUCCUCUUCAACGUCAAAGAAAGCCGCAGCUGCAUCUAGUGGAAAUGCUGCUAGUUCAGCUUAA